AUGAGCGGCUACCAGAACGGAGAGCGGCCCGUCCGCAUGGACGACGACAGCGACGUCGAGGAGGAGGCCCUCGUCAACGACUACAAGGAGCAGGUCCAGUACCAGGACGGCAUCGGCGAGGAGCUCGAGCAGGUCAGCCUCGCCCAGCAGACCGACGACAUCCAGUCGCGCCUCGCCGCCGCCGCCCAGCCCCUCGACUUCUCCGCCCCCCUCGAGGUCAAGUUCCAGAGCUACGACCAGUACUGCAGCUUGUUCCACUUCAUCCUCAACAGCGAGGGUCCCGUCGACCUCGAGCCCCCUUCUUACUACUGGGCCUGGGACGUCAUCGAUGAGUUCAUCUACCAGUUCAACUCCUUCUCCUCCUACCGCAUGCGCAUCGCCCGCCAGGCCUCCAACGAGGAGGAGAUGCAGGUCCUCAAGGAGAACCCCAACACCUGGGGCUGCUACUCGGUCCUCAACGUCCUCUACUCCCUCAUCCAGCGCUCCCAGAUCACCGAGCAGCUGGCCGCCAUGCGCCGCAACGAGGACCCCAUGGCCGUCGCCGGCGAGUACGGCACCAAGAACCUCUACCGCAUGCUCGGCUACUUCUCCAUCAUCGGCCUGCUCCGCGUCCACUGCCUCCUCGGCGACUUCAGCCUCGCCCUCAAGACGCUCGACGACAUCGAGCUCAACAAGAAGGCCAUGUUCGCCCGCGUCAUGGCCGCCCACUUCACCACCUACUACUACGUCGGCUUCUCCUACAUGAUGAUGCACCGCUACGCCGACGCCAUCCGCAUGUUCAGCCACAUCCUCGUCUACGUCAGCCGCACCAAGAACUUCCAGAAGAACGCCCAGUACGACUCCAUCACAAAGAAGAACGACCAGAUGUACGCCCUCAUCGCCAUCUGCGUCGCCUUCCACCCCACCCGCCUCGACGACACCAUCCACUCCGCCCUCCGCGAGAAGUACGGCGACCAGCUCCUCAAGCUCCAGCGCGGCGGGCCCGAGUCCCUCCCCAUCUUCGAGGAGCUCUUCCGCGCCGCCUGCCCCAAGUUCAUCUCCCCCGUGCCCCCCGACUUCGAGAACCCCGAGUCCAACGUCGACCCCGUCGAGCACCACCUCGCCGUCUUCAUGGACGAGGUCAAGACCAACAUGUGGAGCCCCACCGUCAAGUCCUACCUCCGCCUCUACACCACCAUGGACCUCAACAAGCUCGCCGGCUUCCUCGAGGUCAAGCCCGACGAGCUCCGCUCCUGGCUCCUCGUCAACAAGCAGCGCACCAAGCAGCUGCGCUACACCGAGGGAAGCCUCCUGGACGGUGACCUGGUCAACGUCAGCGACCUCGACUACGCCAUGCAGGGUGACCUGAUUCACAUCUCGGAAGCAAAGGUCGGCCGCAAGCUGGUGGACUGGUACCUCCGCAACCUGUCUCGCACGUACGCCUGA